AUGGCUUUAAGAGGAAUUGAUGGACAUGCUGCAUUUGAAGUUUCAAUUGAGCAGGUGGUCAGAACAGAGGCUAGGGAAGCUGAAGAUUUAUUGAAAAAAUUGGAUAUUAUGUCCGACAUCAGAGUUCUCAUGCAGAGUCCUUCUUUGUCAAGAAAUUCAGCUCGAGGGAUAUUCUGCUCCCGUACCCUGAAUCUAAGGUCAAUUAGUGCUAUUGGAUAUGACAUGGACUAUACCUUGGUGCAUUAUAAUGUGAAGGCCUGGGAAGGGCGGGCCUAUGACUACUGUAUGGAAAAUCUCAAGAAAAUGGGUUUCCCUGUGGAUGGACUUACAUUUGAUCCAGAUCUGGUUAUUAGAGGUCUUGUCAUUGAUAAAGAGAGAGGCAAUUUGGUUAAAGCUGAUCGAUUCGGUUAUAUAAAAAGAGCCAUGCAUGGAACCAAAAUGUUAUCAACUCGUGCUGUGAGGGAGAUAUAUGGGAGAGAACUAGUUGACCUACGGCUAGAUGAUCGAUGGGUGUUUUUGAACACAUUCUUCUCUAUGUCUGAAGCUGUGGCUUACAUGCAGCAACUAGGCAAUUCCAAGGAGCUAAUUAUGGAGACAAUUACUACUUCCUCAAAACUCAAUGACAUUGAUCUUGGUGGGGAUGAUGACUUGACGGAAACAUGUCCAAAUGAGUUCAAGAUGGUUGACAUGUUGGAUAAUGGGGUUAUACCAGCCAAUCUUGGCCCCUUUGAUUAUAAAGGGCUUUAUAAGGCCAUGGGAAUAGCUCUUGUCAUGGCACAUGUAGAAGGCCGGCUCAAGAAUGAGAUUAUGUCCAACCCUGAACAGUUUGUGGAGCUUGAUCCGGAAUUACCCUUCGCACUUUUGGAUCAGAAGGAGGCAGGAAAAAGACUUUUGCUUAUUACCAACUCAGAUUAUCAUUAUACAGCCAAAAUGAUGCAUCAUUCCUUUAAUAGAUUCCUUCCCAAUGACAUGGGUUGGCGAGAUUUAUUUGACAUUGUAAUUGUCUCAGCGAACAAACCAGAAUUCUUCCAAAUGUCACACCCCAUGUAUGAGGUGGUGACAGAUGAGGGUUUAAUGCGUCCAUGCUUUAAGGCUCAAAUUGGUGGUUUGUACUCCGGGGGGAAUGCACAGAUGAUUGAAAGCUCCCUGAAUCUACAUGGAGAUGAGAUACUUUACAUUGGAGACCAUAUUUACACUGAUGUUAGCCAAUCCAAAGUCCAUUUGCGAUGGCGAGCAGCAUUGAUUUGUCGAGAAUUGGAAAAAGAAGUUAGUACAUACAGUGUCCUAAUUCAUGGCCGGGGUUGUAGACAAUCAUUGUUGGAGCUUUUAAAUCAAAAGGAGGUUGUUGGUGAUCUCUUUAACCAACUUCGACUGGCUCUACAGAGGCGAAGUAAAAGGCAUAAUGCUCAGACUGUUGCUACAACUGAUAUGGACAAUGAAAAUCUUACACAAAGCAUGCAAAAAUUACUUGUUGUUAUGCAAAGACUAGAUGGAAAAAUUGCUCCAAUGCAAGAGGCAGAUGGGGAUCUCUUCAAUAAAAGGUGGGGCUACCUAUCACGUGCUGGUUUGUUCGACAAAAGCCACUUGAUGAGACAAAUUGAGAAGUAUGCAGAUAUAUAUACCUCUAGGGUGUCAAACUUUCUAUAUUACACACCCUUUAUGUAUUUCCGCUCUCAGGAGCAGAACCUUGCACAUGAUUCAUACACACACUAUGGUUCUCAAGUUGAUAAGUUUCCUUCCAAUGGAAAAUUGGAUUAA